CACCAAGCCGCCAGGCCGCCCGAGGCCAGUCCCCUCACCUGCUGCCCAUCCCGCCCCGCCCGCCUUCCCGGUUGCCGCCCCCACGCCGGGAGAGGCGCCCGUUCGGCGCCGCCGCUUGGCGAGCCGCUCCCGCGAGAGCGCGGAUGCUGCUGUUAGGGGUGGUGGGCGCAGCCGCGGGUCGCGUGGCCGGGAGCGGGGGUGACGGCCUGGGAUUCCGGGGGCCUCUCUUCUUGUCCUCCUCUCCUCUCUCUUCCCAGUGUGGCCGUGGCUGACACUAAAGACUUUGUAGCCAUCAACCCAAGUGCAGUUUCGAUGGAAGAUGAAGGUUGCACGUUUUCAAAAAAUUCCUAAUGCUGAAAAUGAGACAAUGAUUCCUGUAUUGACAUCAAAAAAAGCAAGUGAAUUACCAGUCAGUGAAGUUGCAAGCAUUCUCCAAGCUGAUCUUCAGAAUGGUCUAAACAAAUGUGAAGUAAGUCAUCGGAGAGCUUUCCAUGGCUGGAAUGAGUUUGAUAUCAGUGAGGAUGAGCCACUAUGGAAGAAGUAUAUUUCUCAGUUUAAAAAUCCCCUUAUUAUGCUGCUUCUGGCUUCUGCAGUCAUCAGUGUUUUAAUGCAUCAGUUUGAUGAUGCUGUCAGUAUCACUGUGGCAAUACUUAUCGUCGUUACGGUCGCCUUUGUUCAGGAAUAUCGUUCAGAAAAAUCUCUUGAAGAACUGAAUAAACUGAUGCCACCAGAAUGCCAUUGUGUGCGUGAAGGAAAAUUGGAACAUACACUUGCACGAGACUUGGUUCCAGGUGAUACAGUUUGCCUUUCUGUUGGGGACAGAGUUCCUGCUGACUUGCGCUUGUUUGAGGCUGUGGAUCUUUCCAUUGAUGAGUCCAGCUUGACAGGAGAGACAACACCUUGUUCUAAGGUGACAGCUCCUCAGCCGGCUGCCACUAAUGGAGAUCUUGCAUCAAGAAGUAACAUUGCCUUCAUGGGAACACUGGUCAGAUGUGGCAAAGCAAAGGGUAUUGUCACUGGAACAGGAGAAAAUUCUGAAUUUGGAGAGGUUUUUAAAAUGAUGCAGGCAGAGGAAGCACCAAAAACCCCUCUGCAGAAGAGCAUGGACCUCUUAGGAAAACAACUUUCCUUUUACUCCUUUGGUAUAAUAGGUAUCAUCAUGUUGGUUGGCUGGUUACUAGGAAAAGAUAUCCUGGAAAUGUUUACUAUUAGUGUAAGUUUGGCUGUAGCAGCAAUUCCUGAAGGUCUUCCCAUUGUGGUCACAGUGACUCUAGCCCUUGGUGUUAUGAGAAUGGUGAAGAAAAGGGCCAUUGUGAAAAAACUACCUAUUGUUGAAACUCUGGGCUGCUGUAAUGUGAUUUGUUCAGAUAAAACUGGGACCCUGACGAAGAAUGAAAUGACUGUUACCCACGUAUUUACUUCGGAUGGCCUGCGUGCUGAGGUUACUGGAGUUGGCUACAAUCCAUUUGGGGAAGUGAUUGUUGAUGGUGAUGUUGUUCAUGGAUUCUAUAACCCAUCUGUUAGCAGAAUUGUCGAGGCGGGCUGUGUGUGCAAUGAUGCUGUAAUUAGAAACAACACUCUAAUGGGGAAACCAACAGAAGGAGCCUUAAUUGCUCUUGCAAUGAAGAUGGGUCUUGAUGGACUUCAACAGGAUUAUAUCAGAAAAGCUGAAUACCCUUUUAGCUCUGAGCAGAAGUGGAUGGCUGUUAAGUGGCACCGAACACAGCAGGACAGACCAGAGAUUUGUUUUAUGAAGGGUGCUUAUGAACAGGUGAUUAAGUAUUGUACUACAUAUCACAGCAAAGGGCAGACCUUGACACUCACCCAGCAGCAGAGAGAUCUGUACCAACAAGAGAAGGCCCAGAUGGGCUCUGCAGGGCUCAGAGUUCUUGCUUUGGCUUCUGGUCCUGAAUUGGGGCAACUGACGUUCCUUGGCCUGGUGGGAAUCAUUGAUCCUCCUAGAACUGGUGUGAAAGAAGCUGUUACAACACUCAUUGCCUCAGGAGUGUCAAUAAAAAUGAUUACUGGGGACUCACAGGAGACUGCAAUUGCAAUCGCUAGUCGUCUGGGAUUAUAUUCCAAAACCUCCCAGUCAGUCUCAGGAGAAGAAAUAGAUGCAAUGGAUGUCCAGCAGCUUUCACAGAUGGUGCCAAAGGUUGCGGUAUUUUACAGAGCUAGUCCAAGGCACAAGAUGAAAAUUAUUAAGUCUCUGCAGAAGAACGGGUCGGUUGUGGCCAUGACAGGAGAUGGAGUAAAUGAUGCAGUCGCUCUGAAGGCUGCAGACAUUGGAGUUGCAAUGGGUCAGACUGGCACAGAUGUUUGCAAAGAGGCAGCAGACAUGAUCCUGGUGGAUGAUGAUUUCCAAACCAUCAUGUCUGCAAUUGAGGAGGGUAAAGGAAUUUAUAAUAACAUUAAAAAUUUUGUUAGAUUCCAGCUGAGCACGAGUAUAGCAGCAUUAACUUUAAUCUCACUGGCUACAUUAAUGAACUUUCCCAAUCCUCUCAAUGCCAUGCAGAUUUUGUGGAUCAAUAUUAUUAUGGACGGACCUCCAGCUCAGAGCCUUGGAGUAGAACCAGUGGAUAAAGAUGUCAUUCGUAAACCUCCACGCAACUGGAAGGACAGCAUUUUGACCAAAAACCUGAUACUUAAAAUACUUGUUUCCUCAAUAAUCAUUGUUUGUGGGACUUUGUUUGUCUUCUGGCGGGAGCUGCGAGACAAUGUGAUAACACCUCGGGAUACAACAAUGACCUUCACAUGCUUUGUGUUUUUUGACAUGUUCAAUGCACUAAGUUCCAGAUCCCAGACCAAAUCUGUGUUUGAGAUUGGACUCUGCAGUAAUAAAAUGUUUUGCUACGCAGUUCUUGGAUCCAUCAUGGGACAGUUAUUAGUUAUUUACUUUCCUCCACUUCAGAAAGUUUUUCAGACCGAGAGCCUAAGUAUACUGGAUUUGCUCUUUCUUCUGGGUCUCACCUCGUCAGUGUGCAUAGUGUCAGAAAUUAUCAAGAAGGUUGAAAGGAGCAGGGAGAAGAUCCAGAAGCCUGUUAGCUCGACAUCGUCGUCUUUUCUUGAAGUAUGAUGCAUAUUGCAUUCUUUUAUUUGCAAACUAGGAAUUGCAGUCUGAGGAUCAUUUAGAAGGGCAAGUUCAAGAGGAUAAUGAAGAUUUGAGAACUUUUGAACUUUUUAUUGACUAAAAAUGAGUGUUGAAGACUUGAUUUGAGACUUUAACCUGCUGACAGUCCCAAAUGAAAUUAUGCAACUUUGAUAACAUAUUCCUUGAUUUAAAUUGGCUUUUGCGAUUGAGUGGAACUUCGUAAAGUGUAUGGACAGUUAUUUAAUUUAAAAAACAGGCAAAACCUGAACCACCUUCUGCACUUAAAGAGGUCUAACAGUUCAAAUACACAGUCUAUCCUAGAUAAAUAUGAUUUUUUUUUAAUUUUUAAAUAUUGUACUAUUUAUGGUGGUGGGGCUUUCUUACUAAUACACAAAUAAAUUUAAUCAUUUCAAAGGCA